AUGGCCCAUCACGCUGUACCUUCGAUCGAUCUUGACCCGUCGCAUACCUCGUGCAUCGGUGGUCGAACCGUCUUGACAUGCCGGAGCUGUGCCGGCAACGCCCCAAGAGGUGCCAUUUGUCCCAGCUGCAGCGGCCGAGGCUUCAACAUCUUCACCUGUGCCCACUGCAAUCCAGCGGCCGCGGCAACUGCUGCCAGGAGUGCUGUUGCCUUCCAGUCUUCCACCCCUGACUCGUCGGCCCCCGCCUCGCCGGCAUCCCUAAGCAGAAGCUCAUCCACCUCAGUGUCUUCUCGAAAUGACCCGAGGCAGACUCCCCUCUCGCCGCCGUGGAAGCGGUUCGGGAACAGUGACGGCUCAAGCGGUGGGAGGAUUGGCACGAAUACACCGCGUGGGCUGUGA